GGUUGGCUAUCGGGUCACCAUUUGUAGUGUACAGUGCGAAAAGGAUACUGAAAAGGUGACAAGAGUGAUUCAUGAUAAAGAUCAUGUAGAUUUGAAUAAAAAGGAGUCAGUUAUCAAUGAUAGUAAUUUGAAUCAAAUAAAGCUUACAUUACAAAAUUUGACCGAUGAUGGACAAUGGAUAUUUGCCACUUGGGCAGAAUGGUCCUAUAAACAUUGGUCAGAAUGGACCAUUCAGCGGAGGAUUGGAUUUGAUGAUUUAGAUAGGACAAAAGGAAGCGAUCAUCGAUAUCGCAUGUCCGAUAAUGAAACGAAAAUUGCUACUGGAAAAGGUCAAGAAAAAUUAGAAGAGAAUAAAACGUUCAUUCAUGGAUCAGAGAAAAAUCAUCGUCCAAGUAAGAAAGAGAAAGAUUCGAAUGAUUGUGAUGAUGGCGAAUAUAGCAGUAGUGAAGAAGAAAUGGAUAAAAAGAAUGUUACACAAAAAGAAGGAAAAUUAAAAAGACAUUUCGAGAAAUCCAGCAGUAACAUUAGUAGAAAAGGAUUACUGCCUGAAGAGCAACAGGCUACUGAAUUGAAUAAUAUGAAAAAUUUGAAAUCUAAAUCAAAUUCUCAUAAAAUAAAUGGGACAAAAUGGAAGGAGGAUUUAUUUGCUAAUCAAUCGAGACAUGCUGCAAAUGAAACAAAAGAUAAUUCCAACACAACAGAAAUAGGCGAUAAAGAUAAUUUGAUAACUCAAACAAGUUAUGCGACAACCUCUCCCAAACUCUCAACCAGAAAAGAAGAUCGAGAUCGUCAUAGUGCUGCCGGCAACGUUACUGAUGCUAAAAAAAUGACAGUACCAGCAAAUCAAACGGCUGCUCAUAAAAAUGACAAUUCUAAACAGUCUAAAAAGGCACCUGAUUCGAUCCAAGAAACAUCCGCUAAAGAACAAAAAAAUAGGCAAGAAAAAAAGGAACAUCAUGAAUUAAAUGAUAAAUCAAAAUCUGAAAAUGCGCAAUCACAAAUACCAUCAAAAGGUUCAACUUCUAGAGGUCAAAUAGGUCAUGAUCAACAUCCAGCUCCGAAAAAGCAUCGUGAGUUACAAGUUGAUGACAAUUCUACGCCGCCAAUGAAUUGUUUCAGUGCCGAUACAAAAGUUUACACACAAAAUGGUGAAAAAACAAUGAAGGACGUUUCAGUGGGCGAUUUUGUUCUUGUACCGAUAAGUAAAAAUCAAUUAAGAUAUGAACGAGUGGAAAUGUUUUAUCAUCGAGAACCGGAAACUCGAGCUAAAUUUGUUGUAUUAGAGACGGAAUCAGGACGAAAAUUAAGUCUAACAGAGUUACAUCUUCUUCCAUUAGGUGAUUGCAAGCAAAUGCAUGAAAGUAUAUCUGAUACUGCUGAUAUCGUUGAUGAUAUCGUUGAUCAAUGGCUUCGGAAGUCAAAAUUUGCAUAUAAGGCACGUACGGGUGAUUGUGUAUUCACUAUAUCAUCAAAUCAUCAAUUACAGGUGGAUCGUAUCGUAAAGAUUGGUAGACAAUAUCUGAAAGGUAUUUAUUCACCGAUGACUGUCGAAGGAUCAAUUUUAGCAGAUGGUGUACUUGCUUCAUGUUUUUCACAAGUUGAAAGUCAUUUCAGUCAAAAAUUAGUUUAUGAUUUCCUCAUUUUUUUGUAUCGGAUUUUCGGUCGAUUUAUACAAUCAAUGGAUGAGCCUAUUCAGCAUUUACCUACUUUCAUUGAUUCCAUAUAUCAUUUAGGUUGCAGCUGUCAACAGGGCAAACCGGGACCUCCUGGUAUUCCAGGAAAUCCUGGACGAGAUGGAAUCGAUGGGCCACCAGGAUUACCGGGAAAAGAUGGUAGACCUGGGCUACAUAUGAUUCCACCAAAAGGUGGUGAAAACACUUGUCAGAAGUGUCCAACAGCUCCACCAGGACCUCCGGGAUUACACGGUCAAAGAGGACCGAGAGGACCACGCGGAAACCCAGGCGUGCCUGGAGAUGACGGUCCUCUGGGAAGAAAAGGACCACCAGGACCAACAGGUGUUCGAGGUCCUCCCGGGCCAUACGGACCAAAAGGACCACCAGGUGAUUCCGGGCGCAUUCUCAACGGAGCACAUGCCGGACCAAGCGGCCCUCCAGGACCUAUUGGACCGCGAGGCCGUAUCGGAAGUCCUGGACGGGAUGGCAGUACCGGAGCGGCCGGUAUGGUAGGAAUGCGCGGAGAGCAAGGUGAAAGAGGAGAAAAUGGCGUGCCAGGAUUACGAGGACCACCAGGACCUCCCGGGCCACAAGGAUACAAAGGUAAUUGUGAUCAUUGUUCACCACCGAAAGAAUUAUCACAGUCAGAAAAUCCUGCUGAAUAUUAUGAUAUGAGCAGUAAAAUCGCACAAGGCUUGAAACCAGAUGAAGAGGAAAUUACGGAAUAUGAAGGUAUAGAUAUACCACGUUACUACAGUAAUGAACCAAUAAAAGGUACCGGUAAUAAUCCAAUUGGUUAUGACAUCAGUAAUGGUAAUGAAAGAGUGAACAAGCGAAAACAAAAUGAUAAUGGUGAUGAGGAAAGUAUUGAUCGAGAAAAAUCAAAACUUCAUGAUCCAUAUGAUACAAAAAGAAUUGAGAAAUAUGAACUGAUAAAGGCAUAUGAUUUGAAACAUCAUCGACCACUUCCAAUAUCACCAGCAAUCAGGAAGAAUGGAUACUAUCCGUAG